AUGGAGAAAGCAUCAAGGAGAAGUGCUCUGGCAAUCUUGGAUCCUAAGGAAACUACUAAUGCAGAAUCCUAUGAGGGACCUAUCAGGGUCGCUUUGGAGGAAGCGACGGCGGAGAAGCUGUCUAAAGUGGUUGAAGAGGAGAAGAAGAAGAAGAAGAUCAAAGAGAAGAGGGCUGAAGGAAAUGAGGAAGCCCAUCCAAUCAAGAAGAAGGAACGGAGGACAGAUGAGAAGAAGGAAUGUAGGCGGGAAGAGAGGCACCUGAAGAAAGAGGAAGAGAGGAGAAAGAAGGCUGAGAGCCCAGAACUGGACGGAGAAUCCACCUCUGGGAGGGAGGAAAAGGGGGAAUUAACGCAACUAAGAGAAUCAGCACAACAUGAAACACCGCAAACGGUCGCGACUGACGAAGGAGAAGAUGUAGAAAUCACCCCCUUGACACGGCGUCACAAGGAGAAUGCGCCGCAAGGGUCAACCAUUGACCCUCCAAUUUUGAUAGAUAUGUUAGAAGAGUAG